UGCUGGUGAGCCGUUAGUCCCACUCGAAUUUUGCAGCCCACAAACUGGAAAUUAUUUUGGGGAAAGACCACUAGCAACGGUUCAAUCUCUCACCUUCGUGCCAGCAGUCGACUUAAGGUAGGCAAAUUCAGAACCGACAAAAUGAAGUUCCUUAAGACGUCGCGGGUCUGCCUGGUCACCCGGGGCCGCUAUGCCGGCAAGAAGGUCGUCAUUAUCCAGCCCGUCGACAACGGCAGCAAGACGCACCCCUACGGCCACGCCCUCGUAGCGGGCAUCGAGCGGUACCCGAGCAAGAUCACACGCCGCAUGUCCAAGUCGAGGCAGGAGAAGCGCAGCAAGGUCAAGCCCUUCAUCAAGGUCAUCAACUACAACCACCUGAUGCCCACCCGUUACACACUUGAGCUCGAGGGCCUCAAGAGCGUCGUGUCGGCCGAGACCUUUAAGGAGGUCAGCCAGCGCGAGGAAGCCAAGAAGACGGUCAAGAAGGUGCUGGAGGAGCGCUACACGAGCGGCAAGAACCGAUGGUUUUUCACUCCUCUGAGAUUUUGAUCGGUUUUUUUCUUCAAAUUGGCUGGGCGGGGCGAACGGUUCUUAUCGGGCUGUAUACAGCAUUCAUCACGGAAUAAACAUCUGAGACUCACUAGCUGAAUUUUACGGCAAAUCUGACGACAAGCAACCGUCUCUCCAGGCGUUGGAGUCGUUAUCCUCAGUGAGAUGCAUGAUACCCGCCAUGUGCAAAGUGAACGCAGGGGCCCG